AUGAGUGUGGCAACGAAGCCAUUUGAGGGAACCGUGCGCUGCGAAUGGUUUCAAUGCCCGGCCCGUAUAAACUUUUGUUUUUAUGUACGUGAGCGUCAGGAAAACGAUGUUCGGGUAGAGACGAGUGCGCGGUCGUUAACGGUGACCAUCCGUCUUGACGCGUCGGGGCGCGAGUAUCAAUACAACAUUGACCGUCUCUACGCCCCGCUUGCCGGUGAAGCACCGACGGUAACUGUGCGAGCAACGAAGGUUGAGGUGUCGUUUCAGAAGGCAUGCGAAAUGCAAUGGCCGACGCUGGAAUCAGUUGACAAUGGCGCCCAUACGGUGCCGGAUUUAGACGCGCCAGCACCGGUCGCCACAGCAAGCCUGCCGGCGUCCGCAGAGCAACUGAAGUAUCCGAACAGCCGCGGGAAGGACUGGAGCUCCGUGAGGAUUGACGACGAGGACGUGAAGCCGGAGGGGGAUCAGGCGCUGAAUGCGCUCUUCCAGCAGAUAUACAGGAACGGCACCGAUGAGCAACGCCGUGCAAUGAUGAAGUCGUUCUUGGAGAGCAACGGGACAGUUCUGUCAACAAAUUGGGAGGACGUGGGAAAAAGAGAGGUGAAGACGGAACCCCCCACUGGAAUGGUGGCAAAGCCCUACAAUGAAUGA